AUGCCUCCUCUUUCAGUCCUUAUCAGCGACGGUGACCCGUCAGACGCUUUUCACGAUCAGUUCUCUACUAUCAUCCGCCUUGAGUCACGUCUUCAGGGGGAUUAUUCAGAAGAUGUGAGCGGACCAGCCCACCAACGCUGGGUCGUGAAGCACCUGACCGAAGUGGCCCGAGCUCAGGGUUUCCCUAUGCAAUUAACUACACAGGCAACGGCAUUCAAUGUGCACGCUGGAGAGUUCAUCACGCCUCCGCCGGCACAGACAACGAUAUUCGGUCACUCCGGAUAUACUACACCUUGGCACGAGAACUUCAAUCUUGCCGACCAAGGGGUCUUUGACUCCUCUGGCCCUUAUUACCCGGCUGCACAGAACAUCGCAUUCCAUCGUCUCUCACGUCCUCCAAGCCCCUAUCACCCCUUCGAUCCUGCUGAGCGAGCAGCAUAUCGUGCGAUAGUGAGAGCACAACUACUCCAAAGCAGUGGCCAGCGCGUAGAGAGUCAGCCUCACGCAUCAAGUGAAUGUUUCGACCAUACCUCGGAUUCAUUCAUCCGUUCAAGUGACAACCCUCCGCGUUCUGAACCUCCCACCACACCUCCCAACAACUUCUCGGGUGUCCGAUCUCCUUUUACCCCUCCCAACCAAUCACCCAGACUUCGUGGUCAAACAGCACCACCAGAGUCUCCGGAGUCUCUGUCCGAUCUCUUCGCCAACACCACAAUACGCGCUAGUACCGAACCUAUUGCUAAGUCUAGAAUGGGGUCCCUCACGGCACCCGACUGUUACAAAUCCAUCGAGGUCUAUGCCAUUGACGUUCAAACCGGAGACUACAUUCAGUCCGUUAAGAAUCCAGGCGAAGUGAUGGACCACUAUCCCUGCGAGGACCUCGACCAUGAGCCCAUCGGCGAGAACGAAGCUCGGCCCGUCAGCCCCAACGGCGGUCUCCGUAUCCAAUUCAAGGGCGCAGACGGCUCGACUCGUACCAAGGUCUUCAAGGGGCUCGACAAGGUGCGGGUUCUACGUCAGGUUGCAAAGGAGAAAGAUGAUGAGGAGAAGGAGGUCAAGAAGGAGGAGAGUCAGUGA